GCUAUUUGGCAUCAUGAGCCCUCAGAGAAGAAAAGAAAAAGGAGUCUAGCCCACCACAGGAGACUGGGGAACUUCCAUCUUUCUGGAUUUACUAUCAUUUCACGGAUAUUUGUGCACAAAGAAGACCAAACAUUUUUUUGGUGGGAUUACUACACUCAGAGCUGGUCCUUAAUCUGGAAAUUUUUAGUAACAGCCAAUAGUCACAUGACUCAGAUGCUGAUUUACCUGAGAGGUUGAAGACUCAAAGAAGUAAAAAAUGGAUCAAAACCUGUUUGGAGGAGCCCCUAGGUUUCUCACACGCCCAAAGGCCUUCACAGUGGGUGUGGGCAAGGAUGCUACACUCAGCUGCACUGUUGUUGGCAACCCAACUCCAGUAAUCACCUGGGAAAAGGACAAGCUCAAGCUUUCGUCUGGGGGGCGAUUUAAAACUGUGGAAGAUGGAGACAUUUACCGUCUGACCAUAUAUGACCUCACGCUUGAGGACAGUGGUCAGUACAUGUGUCGAGCCAAAAACAACAUCGGGGAAGCUUAUGCUGCCGUGACCCUGAAGGUGGCCCUCCAAACGGAGAUGUCUCAGAGGGCCCCCAUUUUCACGGUGAAGCCCACUUCCACACGAGUGGCUUUAGGAGGAGAGGUUGUUUUCCACUGCCAGGUUAUGGCUCACCCUGAGGCCAUCUUUGAGUGGGAGAAGGACGGGCGCUACCUAGGUGAAACAAAUCGCAUCAAAAUUAUGUCCAACAGCGAAAGCAGCACCUUAAAGAUCCAAGGUGUGCGCAACUUGGAUAGUGGCACGUACAUCUGCAGGGCCCAGAACUCCGUGGGCCGCUCCCAGGCUGCUGCAGCUCUUGUGGUGGAUACUCAGGAUGCUCGGCACAUGUCUGCAGACAAGAGUACCUCUCUCCUCUCCCACAUGCAAAAGCGCAAAGAGGAAAUGAAGAAGGACAUCUCUAUCUUUCGCACAGAGGAAAACAGCUCCCUCUCCAAAGCCAACAUGACAUAUGCCCUGAGUUCCCUGAGCCUGGAGCAGGAGCUGAGGGCGUCUGCGCUGGCCAGUCUACCUAAAGGUGUUUUCACCCGCACUUGCACUGUUACUGAGGGCAAGCAUGCAAAACUCAGCUGCUUUGUGACGGGUCACCCCAAGCCACACAUUAUCUGGAGGAAGGACGGAACUAACAUCAGUGAGGGUCGCAGGCAUGUCAUUUAUGAGGAUCAAGCUGAGAACUUCAUCCUCAAGAUCCUGUACUGCAAACAGAGUGAUAAUGGUCUCUAUACAUGCAAUGCCACCAAUAUGGCAGGCCAGACCUACAGUGCUGUACUGGUUACAGUCAAAGAGCCAAAGGUGCCAUUCAAGAGGAAACUGGAAGAUGUGGAGGUACAAGAAAAGUCCUCAGCCACACUCAUGUGUGAGGUGCCACUCAUCGCCACUCAGACCGACUGGUUCAUGGAGGAAACUAGGCUGGAGCGCAACACCAAAUAUCACAUGGAUGAGGAUGGGACUCUGCGCCGCCUUACCAUACAUAAUGUUACCACUAAUGACGAUGGGGUUUAUAUCUGCGAGAUGAAAGAGGGCAGCCGCACUGUGGCUGAGCUCACUGUCCUGGGUAAUAUCACAAAGAAGCUUCCUCGGAGGACGAUCGUUCCAGUCAGUGACACCGUCAUCUUUUGUGUUGAGUUGGAGCAUCCUUGUCCAGAUGCCUACUGGACUCGCAAUGGCGAGAAACUGAAGGAAGAUUCUCGUACUUCAAUUGCUUGUGUUCUUAGACAGUACACGUUAACAAUUAAAGACUGCCAGGCAAAUGAUUCUGGAGAGGUGGCCUUUGUGGCCGGAGAUUGUAAGACUUCAACACGAUUCUCUGUCACUGCUCCCAGGAAGCAUCCCCCUGAUCCCCCAGUCGAUGCUGUGGUGCAGAACAAGACUGACUCGUCCAUCACCAUUCACUGGUCUCCCCCUGACAGUGACCGUCCCGUACCCAUUAAAGGAUACAUCGUGGAGAGGAGGAAAGUUGGUGCUUCUACCUGGCAGAGAUGCAAUGCUGGAGAAAUCCUCACAACCACAGAGACCACCAUAAGCAGUUUUGCAGAGGAAGCUAGCUACCAGUUCCGUAUUUCUGCCACAAAUGACUUUGGCCAGAGUCCCUUUCUGGAAGUACCUGGCAGCUUCUACCUUGAACCCACUGCAGAAAUCAGGAAGGGCCUGAUAAACAGCUCUGCAGUCUCUGGAGAGGAAUUCUCCAUCUCUGUGGAGUUGUCGGCUGUUUGUUCAGGCUUCUGGUCCCUAAAUGGACGCCUCCUGCGGAGUGGAUCAGAGUAUCUUAUUACCAAAUCUAAGAACAUUCAUACAUUGCUCAUUCGAGUCGUGACCAUAGAAAUGAAUGGAACUGAAAUCAAGUUUGUGGGUGGAGGUUCUCAGACCAGUUGCAUCCUAUCUGUGAAGGCACCUCCUAUCAGAUUCACCAACAAGUCUGACCAUCCAGAGGUUGUAACCUGCAGUGUCCAAGAGACGGCUCAACUGAGUGCUGAAGUGUCAGACUAUGAAACUCAGGUGGCUUGGAUGAAGAAUGGGCGAGAGGUGAAAAUGGGGAAGAAGUAUGAAUCCAUUAUAAGAGAGCGUAAGAGAAUCCUGAUGGUUCACAAUGUUACAGAGGAAGAUGUGGGUCUUUAUGAGUGUGUCUUAUCUGAGGAUAGGAUGUCAAUUCGACUGACCCUGAAAGAUGAGCCUGCCAAAUUUCUCAAUAAAACCAGAGGCCCCAUGGGAAUGUCAUCAUCCCUUAAAGGAGAUCUUGAGCUGACCUGUGAGGUGUCUUCUGCAAGUGCUGUUGUUGUAUGGAAAAAAGAUAAAGUUGAAAUUAGUGAGGACCAAAGAACAACUAUCAUCUCUAAAGGGACCCAAAGGAAACUUAUCAUUAAAAGUGCCAAGAAAAAUGAUGAAGGAUAUUAUUCUUGUGAGACAGCAGCUGAUAAAGUCACAUUCCAUGUCAAGAUAAAAGAAUCCCAAGCAGUAGCUGCAUUCUCCAAUAAAGAGUCAGUUCAGAGGGAUGUUAAAGCCGUCCUCAGCCAGAAAGCAACACUUAGCUGUGAUGUGUCAGACUCUAAGACGGAGGUGAAAUGGUACAAAGACGGAAAGUUGCUGGAGUCAAGUAAGAGAAUAUGCUUGGAGGCCAAGGGGAGCGCCCGUCAGCUGGUGAUUGAAAACAUCGAGAAGACUGAUGCUGGAGAGUAUACCUGUGAAGCUGGAGGGGAUAAACUGGUCUUCAAGAUAACUGUAUCAGAGGUUCUGUCUGCUUUCUGCAAUAAGGAGUUAGUACAGAGGGAGGUGAAAGCCACUCUCUCACAGAAAACCACCCUUAGCUGUGAGGUAGCAGACAUGAAGACAGAGGUAAAAUGGUACAAAGAUGGCAAACUCCUGACUUCCAGCAAAACGGUUCAAACUGAAUCAAAAGGCAAGAGUCGCCAGUUGGUGAUUGACAGCGUGGAGAAGAAAGAUGCAGGAGAAUACACCUGCGAGGCUGGGUCUGAAAAGAUGAGUUUUAAGAUCAGUGUGGCAGAGGCCCAGUCAGCCUUCUUCAACAAGGAGUCGGUCCAGAAGAAUGUCAAAGCCACUGUGUCUCAGAAAGCUACGCUUAGCUGUGAGGUGUCUGAUACGAAGACAGAGGUUAAAUGGUACAAAGAUGGCAAGCUGCUCACUUCUAGUAAGAUGGUACAUACAGAGUCAAUAGGCAAAAGUCGGCAAGUUGUGAUAGAGAGCCUGGAGAAGAAAGAUGCUGGAGAGUACAUCUGUGAAGCUGGUGCGGAAAAGCUUUCCUUCAAACUCCAAGUGGAAGACAUGCAGGACCAGUCUGCCUUCUACAAAAAGGAUUCUGUGCAGAAAGAAGUGAAAGCCACUCUUUCCCAGAAGGCCACUCUGAGUUGUGAGGUUGCUGACAGCAAGACAGAGGUGAAAUGGCACAAAGAUGGGAAGCUGCUCACUUCAACCAAAACAAUUCACACCGAAUCAAAAGGCAAGAUUCGCCAGCUGGUAAUUGAAAGUGUGGAAAGAAAAGAUGCAGGAGAGUAUAUUUGUGAGGCUGCGUCUGAAAAGCUGGCUUUUAAGUUGCAUGUUGAAGAGACCCAGAUUAAGACAGUCUUCUUCAACAAGGAGUCUGUCCAAAAGGAGGUGAAAGCCAUUCUGUCGCAGAAAGCCUCUCUGAGCUGUGAGGUUGCUGAUGCAAAGACAGAGGUGAAAUGGUACAAGGAUGGCAAGCUGCUGAAAUCCAGCAAAACCAUACAUAUAGAGUCAAAGGCCAAGAGUCGCCAGCUGAUGAUUGACAGUGUCGAGAGGAAGGAUGCUGGAGAAUACAUCUGUGAGGCUGGGACAGAGAAGCUGACUUUUAAGAUUCAUGUGGCAGAAACUACAACUGGCUUCUCUAGCAAGGAAUCAGUUCAGAGAGAAGUGAAAGCUGCUCUCUCUCAGAAAGCCACUCUAAGUGCUGAAGUUUUAGACUCCAAAAUGGAGGUGAAAUGGUUCAAGGAUGGAAAGGCUCUCACUUUGAGUAAGGGGAUCCACAUGGAAUCAAAGGGCAAGACCCGUGAGCUGGUAAUAGACAGAAUGGAGAAGAAAGAUGCUGGAGAAUAUACCUGUGAAGCUGGAAGCGAUAAGCUGGUAUUCAAGCUGCAAUUGACAGACAUAGCUGUGAAGUUUAAGAAGCCUACCAAGGAUACAUUUAUUGUUGAAGCAAGUGAAAAAGUUGUUUUAACGGCUGAAGUGACCACAGAAGUUGGUAAUGUGAAGUGGUUCAGAGAUGGCGUGGAGAUAAAAGAGAGCAGCAAGUGUGAAAUACGAAAAGAUGGGCUUUCUCGCACUUUGACACUGAAAUCGGUAGAGACCAAAGACAGCGGAACGUACUCCUGUCAAACUCCAGAUGACAAAGUGGAAUUCAAAGUUCAGGUUAAAGAUUCAGCUUUGAAGUUUGUUGUUCCUUUGAAAGCUGCUACAGUGGAGUUAGGAGGAACACUCAGCCUAAUUUGUGAGCUAAAUCAGGCCUCAGGGGAUGUUCUCUGGCAGCACCAGGGCCAUGAAAUUAAACCUGGAAACCGGCACUGUGUCAGAACAGAUGGAGCUAAAAGGAUCCUCACUGUAACAGCAGUCACUAAAGAAGAUGAAGGGGAAUACAGCUGUGUGUGUAAAAAUGACAAGACCUCUGCUAAAGUAACUUCUAAAGCACCAAGGCUCGUGAGGUUGACCACUAAAUUGAACAACAUUGCUGCAAUGGAGGGAAAGGAUGCCAUUUUCAAAUGUGUAGUCACUCCGGCUGACGUCAAUGUUCGGUGGUUCCACAACAAUAUACCCAUCACUCCUGGGCCCAAGUACAAACCUGAGCAUGGAGGUGGUAGCUUUGCACUAACCAUCACCUCAGUCACACAGAAAGAUGCAGGAGAAGUUAGUGUUGAUGCAGAAGGCAAAAGCUCCAAAGCAACUCUUCAAGUUCAGCGUGAACCUGUCUCUUUUAAGAAAAAGCUGGAAAAUAUGACAGUGGAAGAAGAGAAUGAAGUAAAACUGGAAGUAGUGCUGAGUAAGCCUUCAGAUGAAGUCAAGUGGAUGAAGAACAGUGUCGUUGUGCAGCCCACAGGAAACAUAGAGAUCCGAGUAGAAGGAGCGAAGCAGAUUCUAAUUCUCAAGAGAGUAACUUAUUCUGACCGCGGGAUAUACUCUUGUGAGACUCUGGAUGACAAGACUCAAGCAAAACUCACUGUUGAGAUGAAGAAGAUUCAGGUAAUUAAAGCUCUAACAGAAACAAAAGCUCAUGAAACGGAGGCAGUGACUCUUGAAGUGGAGCUGAGUCAAGCUGAUGUUGAAGGCUCGUGGACCAGAGAUGGGGCCAAGUUAAAGUCAGGGGCAAACUGCCGCAUCACAACCGUGGGAAAAAAGCAUAUCCUGACACUUUCCAAUCUGAAGAGAGAGGAUGCUGGGACUAUUUCCUUUCAAGCAGAGGGCGUCCAUACCUCAAGCAAACUGAUUGUCACAGAACCUCCUGCUAUGAUCUCCAAACCCAUUAUGGACAUCAAUGUUCCUGAGAAGGAAAAGGCAACAUUUGAAUGUGAAGUGUCUAGAAACAACGCAGAAGUUAAAUGGUUCAAGGAGGAUGUUGAACUGAAGCCAACAAAGAACAUUGCUGUUCAUGCCUUGGGCCGAAAGCGCACAUUAGUUAUCAACAAAUGCACUCCUGAAGAUGGAGGCACUUACAUCUGUCGCACAGCUGAUGAUAACACUUCAGCUAAGCUCAUUGUGCAAGCCAGAGAUAUCAAGAUUGUUAAGAAGCUAGAAGAUGUGGAAGUGGUGGAGAAGGAGAGUGCUUCGUUUAUCUGUGAAAUCUCUCACGAUGACGUGGAGUACCAGUGGUUCAAAGGAAAUACUAAAAUUAAAGCCAGCGAAAAUGUCAAGAUGAGACAAGAGGGCAGAACGUAUGUACUGCUGUUUAAAUCUGUAACUCCUGAAGACAUGGGUGAAAUUAGAUUUACAGCUGAAAAAGCAUCUUCAGCUGCAAAACUUAAAGUGAAAGAACUGCCUGUCAAGUUUGUGAAGAAACUCAGGGAUAAGAUAGCGAUGUAUAAGCACCGUGCUCAUCUUGAAUGCCAAGUGUCACGUGCCAGUGCAAAAGUGAAGUGGUUCAAGAACAAGAUGGAGAUCAAAGCCAGCAAAAAGUACGAGAUCAAAGGUGAAGAUGUGUACCGAAACCUCACCAUCAAUGACGUGGAUUCUGGUGAUGAAGACAUGUAUACCUGCGAUGCUACAGAUGACAAGACAUCCUGUAAAGUGCUUGUGGAAGAACAGACUAUCAGUAUUGUACGGGAAGUCAGUUCAGUCGAGGUGACGGAACCCUUUGCAGCUGUUUUUGAAGUUGAAGUCAGUAUGGAAUUGGUGAAACCUCCGAUUUGGACUUUGAAUGGAGUUCCUGUACAGGAGGGUGUUGAUGUCGAGAUGGAGAGAGAAGGCACCAUGCAUCGUCUCACUUUUAAAAAGACCAAAGCAUCAAUGACUGGACCAGUUCAAUUCGCUGCAGGGAAAAGCAAAUCUCUUGCUCAGCUCACAGUCAAAGAGCGCCCACUUGAGAUCACUGAGCAUAUCAAAGAUAUAAAGGCAAAUGAAAAAAGCUCUGCUACACUUGCUUGCAAAUUUUCUGCGACACCUAAAGAAGUGAAGUGGUUCAAAGGUCAGGUUCUUCUGGCAGCAUCAGAUAAAUACAACAUAAGACAAGAUGCUGCAAGGGCUCAACUAACUGUUCAAAAGUUGACUGAAGAAGACAGUGGGGAGUAUCGCUGUCAGUCAGGUCCUGCUGAAACCAAAGGGACUCUAACUGUUGAAGCCCGAGAAAUAAAGAUCACCAAGCAUCUAACUGACACAGAGGUUGAUGAAGACAGUGAUGCAAUGUUCACAUGUGAGAUCAACUACUCUGAUGAAGAUGCUCAGUGGCUUCUUAAUGAGAAGGUCCUGUUCACCAAUGAGGUGAACACCAUCACACAUGAGGGUAAGGUCCACAAGCUCACGCUGAAGAACUUGGCUCCUCAGGAUGGGGGAACUAUCACCUUUCAAGUACGCAAAGUGAAAGAAUCUGUUACAUUGAAGGUCAAAGAGAAACGAGCUGUGUUCCUCAAGUCACUAGAUGAUGUCACAGGAGAAGAGAAAGGCAUGAUAACUUUGACAUGUGAAGCAAACAAGCCAAGAGUUUCUCCUAUAUGGAGAAAAGAGGAUAAAGUGUUAAAAGCUGGACCAAAAUAUGAGCUCCUUCACACGGGCAAGUCUUUGGGACUGAUUGUUAAGGAUGUGACCAAGGAAGAUGCCGGAGAAUACAGUUGUGAUCUUGGCACAGAAGUCACAAAGGCAAAGGUCACUGUAAGAGAAAUUGGUAUCGGUAUCACAAAAAAACUGAAAUCCGUUGUGGUGAAUGAAGGAGACACAUGCAGCUUUGAGUGCAUUCUGUCACGUGAGAGCAUUGAUGACUGCUUGUGGUCUGUUAACGGCAAAGCUGUUAAAAACGGAGGUCGCUUUAAGAUCUCCAGUCAGGGGCGGAAGUACACUCUGACCCUGAAGGAUGUGACCCCUGCUGAUGCUGGUGAGGUGGUCUUCAGCAUUAAAGACCUGAGCACCAAAGCUACACUAAAAGUUGAAGGAAAAGCUUCAUCUCUAUCAAAUGGGCUUCAGAAUGUUUCUGUUGUGUGUGGCGAAGAUGCUGUUUUUGCCUGUGAGGUUACACAAGCGAGUUUUACCGUAAAGUGGGCCAAAGAUGGUAAAUCCAUCAGAACAAGCAAAAAGUAUGAGAUCAGUCAACAGGAGAAGCUCAUGAAGCUGACCAUUCACAAUGUGUCAGCUGAAGAUUCUGGGGAAUACAGCUGUGAAGUUGUUGGAGGUGCAACCACAAGAGCCAAACUGGAAAUUAAGGAACCGAUCCAUAAAUUCACCAAAGCGCUUGAGGACAUCCAAGCGGAUGAGCGGACCUCUGUGACCUUACGUUGUGAAACGGCACAAACUCCAUCCGUGGUGACGUGGCUGAAAGGCCACACAGAGCUCAGGGCUGGAGGUCAAUACGAGAUGUCCCAGAAGGAGAAGGUCCUAACUCUCAUCAUUAAACACCUGGAGGAGAAGGAUACUGACAUCUACACAUGUGAUGUGGGCACUGCUAAAAGCAUGGCAAAGGUGACUGUGAAAGCAUUGCCAACGACAUUUGUGAAAAAGUUGGACACCCAGGAGGCCGAGGAAGGAGCCAGUGUUACUUUGCAUUGUGAGCUCUCCAGACCUGGUGUCUCUGUGGAGUGGAAGAAAGGAACACAGAUUCUGAAGUCUGGAGAGAAGUACCAGAUGAAGCAGAAAACUUCUGUGAAUGAACUCAUUAUUAAUAAAUUGGUGCCAGAAGACAGUGGAGAUUACAGCUGUAUGUGUGGAGACCAGAAGACAACAGCCAACCUCAAGAUCAAGGCCCAACCAGUGAUCUUCAAACAGAAGUUGGAGAACCAGGAGGCCAAGGAAGGAGCCAGUGUUACUUUACAUUGUGAGCUUUCCAAACCUGGAGUCUCUGUGCAAUGGAAGAAGGGAACACAGGUCCUAAAGUCUGGAGAGAAGUACCAGAUGAAGCAGAAUGCCUCUGUGAAUGAACUCAUUAUAAGCAAGGUGGUACCAGAAGACAGUGCAGACUACAGCUGUGUCUGUGGAGAUCAGAAGACCACAGCCAAUCUCAAGAUCAAGGCCCAACCGGUGACCUUCAAACAGAAGUUGGAGAGCCAAGAGGCUGAGGAAGGAGCCAGUGUUACUUUGUGUUGUGAGCUCUCCAAACCUGGAGUCCCUGUGGAGUGGAAGAAAGGAACACAGGUCCUAAAGCCUGGAGAAAAGUACCAGAUGAAGCAGAACGCUUCUGUGAAUGAACUUGUUAUUAGCAAACUAUUGCCAGAAGACAGUGGUGACUACAGCUGUGUGUGUGGAGACCAGAAGACCUCAGGCAGCCUCAAAAUCAAGGCAGAACCAGUGACCUUCAAACAGAAGUUGAAGAGCCAGGAGGCUGAAGAGGGAACCAGUGUUACUUUAUGCUGUGAGCUCUCUAAAAAUGGAAUCCAUGUGGAGUGGAAAAAGGGCACACAGGUCCUGAAGUCUGGAGAGAAGUACCAGAUGAAACAGAAGGCCUCUGUCAAUGAACUCGUAAUUAGAAAAGUGGUGCAAGAAGACAGUGGAGACUACAGCUGUGUCUGUGGAGACCAGAAGACCACAGCCAAACUCAAGAUCAAGGCCCAACCAGCGACCUUCAAACAGAAGUUGGAGAGUCAAGAGGCUGAAGAGGGAGCCAGUGCUACUUUACGUUGUGAACUCUCCAAACCUGGAGUCUCUGUAGAGUGGAAGAAGGGAGCACAAGUUCUGAAGUCUGGAGAGAAGUACCAGAUGAUGCAGAAGGCCUCUGUGAAUGAACUCAUUAUUAAUAAAUUGGUGCCAGAAGACAGUGGAGAUUACAGCUGUUUGUGUGGAGACCAGAAGACCACAGCCGACCUCAAGAUCAAGGCUGUGAAGCUGUCUACACCUCCUUCUGGUGCUAAACCAGAACCCAAAACUCAGGAGACCAAAGAAAAAACUGAAGUCAAGGCAAGUGAAGUUAAAAGCACUGAGCAGAAGAAGCAGGAGAUAAGUGAAACUGUAGAAGCUGUGAACCUGCCAUCUACUGGUGAAGCCCCUAAACAGCAAGUACUGAAAGAAGAAAAUCAGAGAAGCUCAAGAGAAUUGCAUACAGAACAUGAAGUCCUAGGAGAGAAGACUGUUAAACAAGCUGCUCAGAGUGAAGAGACCAAAAUCCAGGCACAAGUUGUUCAAGUCGUAUGCAUUAAGGACCUGGAAAGCUGUGUGUCAGAGGAGGGAGCAAGCAUCACUCUGCACUGUGAACUUUCUAAACCCGGAGUCCCUGUACAGUGGAAGAAAGGACCUGAAGUCUUGAGUCAUGGAGAAAAGUACCAGUUGAAACAAAAUGGAUUACGUUACGAGCUACAGAUCUUUGAUUUGACUCCUCAAGACACAGGAACCUAUUCAUGCUGCUCAGAAGACAUAUUAAGCUCUGCAUCUCUUAUAGUGAAUGCCUCCCCAGUGGUUUUCACACGCGAGUUGGAAAGUCAGACUGUGGAAGAGGGCCAGAAUGCUACAUUACAGUGUGAGCUUUCCAAGUUAGGAGUUUCUUUGGAGUGGAGGAAAGGAGAACUUGGCCUUUGCCCUUGUGGAAAAUAUGAAAUUAGACAAACAGAGAACCUGGCUACACUAAUAAUCCAUGACGUAGAACCAGAGGAUUCUGGAAGUUAUACAUGUGACACUGGUGAACAUCAAAGCACCGCAAAGCUGUCUGUGAAGGCCAAACCUGUCCUUUUCAAAACUAAGCUACAAAACCUGGAAAGACAGGAAGGGGAGUCUGUUAGCUUUUGCUGUGAGAUCACCAAACUGGGAGCCAGUGUGGUCUGGAGGUGUGGUGACAAGGUGCUGACAGCCAGUAGCAAAUACCAACUGAAGCAGGAAGGGACUGUGGUCCAGCUUGUUAUCUAUAAACUGCAGAGAAGUGACGCAGGAGAAUACUCCUGUGAUACUGGCUUCCAGAAGACUUCAGCAACCCUUAAUGUUAAUGCCGCUGAGGUUCUGAUUUUGAAGUUCUUGGAGAGCUGCGUUGUUGAUGAGGGGGAAGAUGUCCACUUUGAGUGUCAGCUUUCUCAUGAGGAGACUCCACAGAUACAAUGGAAACUCCAGGAUGUCCCUCUGCAAAAUAACGAAAUGAAUCUGAUAAGGUCUGAGGGCCGGGUGCACAGCCUCACUCUUAGAGGUGUCACAGCCUCCGACUCUGGAACAGUCACUUUCACAGUAGGAAACCACACCUCCACUGCUGCUCUCACAGUCAGAGUGCCACCAAUAUCCUUUAAAAAGGAGCUGGAAAGCCAAGAGGCCAGAGAGGGAGGAGAGACCACACUGUCCUGCGAGACAUCAAGUCCUGACUGUAAGGUGACCUGGUGGAAGGGCUCAACUGUUGUCUCUCAGGGAAAGAAGUACACCAUUCAGCAAAGAGCUACCACUCACAGCCUGGUGAUACACAAGUUGGUCAAGGAGGAUAGUGGUGAAUAUACAUGUGAUACAGGAGACAAGAAAAGUACUGCUAGGCUGACUAUCAAAGAACAUGUUCGCAUUGUCCGUGAGCUCCAUGAUGUUACCGUGACCACUGGUCAGGACGCCAUCUUUGAGGUCGAGCUGUCACAUGUAGGCGUCACUCAUGGGGAAUGGUGGCUUGGAGACAACCUCCUUCAAAAUAAUGAUCUGAAUCAAAUGAGCGUUCAGGGGAGAGUUCACCGACUGGCUCUGAAGAUGGUAACCACAGAUGAGUCAGGUGAUGUUGCCUUUGUCGUUGGUGAGGAGAAGAGUGUGGCUUGUCUUCUGGUCGAGGAGAAACCCAAAGUGGUAAUAUUAGAGAAACCUCAUAACGCUGCAGCAGUAGAGGGAGAAACCAUCACACUCAGUUGCUCCAUCUCCGACUCCAAUGCCUCUCUCACGUGGAUGAGGAACAAUGUGCCAAUCCAAGCUGGUAUAAAGUAUGACCUGAAGAAGAAUGGUGCAUUGCAUCAGCUCCGAAUUCACAACCUGGUCCCAGAGGAUUCAGGAAUAUACAUCUGUGAUACUGGAGAUGCACAGUGUGAAGUUACUUUAACUGUGCAAGGUGCCCCAGUGUUCUUCAAGAAAGAGCUCAAGAGCCAGGAUGCCAUAGAGGGUGAUGAUAUCACCCUACAGUGUGAAGUGUCUAAGCCAGGUGUCCGUGUUGAGUGGAGGAAAGGAGGUAUUGUCCUCCAACCUGGUAAGAAGUAUGAAAUGAAGCAGGAGGGACACAUUCAAGAGCUCUGUAUUCAUAGCCUGGAACCUGAUGACAGUGGUUACUACACCUGUGAUGCGGGAGAGCAGCUCACUACAGCUUCUUUGGCAGUGCAAGUGAAAGAAGUCUUCAUUGUUACUGGUCUUAAGACCACUGACGUCUUUGUUGGGGAAUGGGCAACAUUCUCCUGCCAGCUUUCUGGUAGGGCGCCUGGUAAGGUGCAGUGGUGGCUGGAUGGCACCUUGCUGGAGAACAGCCCCUGUAUUGAUAUAGGGGUGGAACAGGGCUUUAUCCACACACUCACCUUUAGGAACCUGGCGACAGAUGACUCAGGCACUGUCACCUUCAAAACGGGCAACUUAACCUCAUCAGCCAAGCUCUUAGUCAAAGAUCCCACGGUUGAGGUGGUGAACGAUAUGGAGGACCUUUGGGUGGUUGAAAACCAACCGGCUGAGUUCAUCUGCCAGUUCUCCAGGCCAGUCAAAGCUCAGUGGAGGAAAGAUGGGCAGCUUUUGCAGCCCGAUGGCCGAAGGGUGGUAGUGGAGCAGGACUGGACUGUUGCUCGCUUGUACAUUAACUGUGUUUCCGGUGCCGACACGGGAACAUAUUCCUGUGAGGCAGAGGGUACCUCUGUGGUCGCUUCACUUCAUGUGGAAGACAAACCCAUUAACAUUGUCCAAGGCCUGGAAAACGUGGAAACAUUUGAUGGGGGUGAAGCAUUGUUUGAGUGCGCCCUUUCUCGCCCUGAGAGCAAAGACUGUCACUGGCUUCUUGAUGGAAAACCAGUAAAGGAAUCCCCUAAAGCAGAGAUUGUGUCUUUUGAAAGUGGUCGACGUCAUCUGCUGCUCCUGAAAGAUCUGCAUGACAAAGACAGUUGCACAGUAACAUUUAAAGCUGGAACAACUUCCACCUCUGCCCAGCUCACUGUCAAAGGCUGGAAACUGGAGAUCGUGCAGGGUUUGGAGGACAAAGUGGCCGCUGUGGGAGAGAAGGUUGAGUUUUGUGUUAAGCUUACUGAGCCUGUUCCUGCAGCAGAUGUGACCUGGUACGCUAAUGGCGUUGAACUCAAACCCAGCGACCUCUGGGCCAUGAGGGUUAACGGCAGUUCUUAUUGCCUUGUCCUGAGACAGGCCCCUCUUAUGCCCCAACAAGAAAUUACCUUUGCAGCCAGGGAUGCACUUUCUUUGGCCAAGCUUACCAUCAUCACUGUACCUGACCCCCCCGAGGAUCCAGAAGUCCUCCGUAAAACCACAGAGUCUGUUGCUCUCUCCUGGUUUACUCCUCUUCAUGAUGGAGGGAGUCCUAUCAUUGGCUACAGAGUGGAAAUGCGACUUGUAGACAGCGCCCUCUGGCUUCCAUGUCAUUCUGAGCCUGUUUGCAACACAGAAUUUGUUGUGGAAAAACUGGUGCCUGGGAGUGGCUACAGGUUCAGAGUGGCAGCAAUUAACAAAGCUGGGCCUGGAGAGCCUGUUGAGCUCCCUCUGACAGUGCAGCUUGAUGUAAAACAGACAAAAGUAAUAGAACAGCCCAGUCUACCUCCCGAGUCUGCGGAGGAAGGAGAACUCUAUGAUCUGUGGGACGCAUCAGCAAAGAAACGUCGCAUGAGCAGAGAGCCCACUCUGGACUCCAUCUCAGAACAGCCUGAGGACAAUAGCAAAGGCGGAAAAAAACAGCAGAAAGAGUCUGUGUCAUCAGAAAAAGUAGAAAUCACAGCAGUGGAGAAAGAGCAGGUCGAUGUGUCCAAGAAACAGACAGAAUCCGUUCAGUCCAUCAGCUCCGAGGAUCAGACAGUUACUGGCGGCUCCUCACUUGUAUCUUACCUGAAAAAGAGCAGCAAGACUGAAGCAACAACAACCAGUGAGACAGAGACUCUAACAGCAGAGAAGUUCUUUGCUCAUUUCCAAAUGGUAGAGCAGAAAACAGUCCAGCAGACUGAAUCAAAAACAACAAUAAUUCAAAAAACAGAUGAAAAGCAACUGUCUACUCAGGAGGCCAGUAUCAUGGAGAUCACAAAAGAGGAGGAGCCUGAGCUGACAGAUGCUGCCAUCAAGAUUCAAGCUGCCUUUAAAGGUUACAAGGCUCGCAAAGACAUGCGUCCCAUCUUUAAGGAGGUUUUUAAAGACCAAACCAAAGAACCUAAUGACACCAUACAUCUCGAAUGUGUGUCAGAAGGUAAACCAGAAAAGGUGCGCUGGCUGAAGGAUGGUGAACCGCUGAUGGAUGGCAAACAUCAUCAUAUUGAUAUCUACAAUGAUGGCACCUGUGCACUGGUCAUUACUGCCAUCACCACAAAAGACACUGGGGUUUACACCUGUGAGGUCACCAACAAGUUUGGAGUGACGUCUCACAGUGCUAAGGUGACAGUGGGAACGGUGAGGGAAUCAUCAGGCCGACGACCCCUGACAAUAGGUUACAGUGCCGACAGUGAACCCGAGAGCUCUUCCGGUAGUGAGAUGGACGAGUCGCUGAGACAGGCGAGCAGACGUCUCAGGCGCCUUCUUCGCACACGACUCCCACCUGAUGUUGAGGAGGAACCAUUUAUCAGCGCAGACGAGGGCGACUUGCAUCCCCCAGAUCCUCAUUCUUACCGGGAGGAUGAAAAUUACAUCUACAUUCGCUUUGAUUCCCAAUCAGAGGCUGAGAUUGCCUCUAAAAGAUUCCAGGAGAUGUUCACGGUCCAUGGAGUACCCAUAGAGACCGCCAUCAUCGCAGCAGGGACUCACAAAGUAGAGCUGCGAAUUAGAAAGAUGGGCUACAUUCAGGAUGGUACACAGACCCCAACACAGGAUCGACAGCCUCCUGCUUUAUUGACUGGAGCUCCAGCUGCUCCAGUAUUCCUGACGGAGCUACAAAGUCAGGAUGUUCCUGACGGCUAUCCAGUCAGCUUUGACUGCGUUGUGAUUGGCAAGCCCCCUCCCACUGUUCGCUGGUAUAAGGAUGGCAAGCUGUUGGAAGAAAAUGACCAUUACAUGAUCAAUGAGGACCAAGAGGGCUGUCACCAGCUCAUCAUCACCUCUGUCUUGCCCACUGAUAUGGGCGUUUAUCGCUGCACAGCGGAAAACAGCAGUGGGAUUGCCGCCACUAAAGCUGAACUUAGAGUUGACAUGUCGUGCAGCUCAGAUUAUGACACUGCUGCAGAUGCUACUGAGACCUCAUCGUAUGUCAGUGCUAAAGGUUAUGUGUCCAGUAGGGAAACUGAAACAUUUGAAUCCGUAAGUGAAGACGAUCAGCUACCACAAGUUGUGCACGAACUUCAUGAUGUUCAUGUCAGUCCAGGUUCACCUAUUGCUAAAUUGCAACUCAAAGUAAAAGGGUUUCCCAAACCGAGAGUGUACUGGUUCAAAGAUAGCCAGCCUCUCCGACCGUCAGAGAGGAUUCAGCUUUUAGCAGAGAGAGAUCUUCAUGCUGUGGAGAUCCUUGAAGUGAAGAGAGAGGACAUGGGGGAGUACUCUGCUUAUAUCAGCAAUGCGGCUGGUUCUGCUUAUUCCUCUGCCCGUCUGAUAGUACUGAGUCCUGGGGAAAUUAUGCCACAGGAUAAAAAAGAUUCUAAGGAGCCGCUGGUGCCUCCACGCUUCAUUGAGAAGUUCAGCAAUAGAAAGGUGAAACAAGGAGCAAGCAUCACUCUCUCAGUCAAGGUCGAAGGAUCUCCUACUCCCAUGGUCUCCUGGCUGAAGGAGAAAUCAUCAGAGGAUGUCUUGUGGAUUAAACCUGAUACUAAAGGAUACAAAAUAGCCAGCUCUGGUCGCCAGCACAGCCUCAUACUGAUGGACGUAGAUAAAGAAUAUACUGGCAUCUACACCUGUAUAGCUACAAAUAGGGCAGGGCAGUCGCUCUGCAAUGCUCAGCUUGAGGUGGAUGACACACCACAACUGAAGAAAAAUACUGCAGCUUCAGAGAUCCUUGGGAUUACAGUUAGUCCUCCACAAGAAGAGCCUGGCAGAGGAAGUGAAGGUAAAAUACCCUACUUAGGUGAAGUUGGCACAGAGGAAUUCCUCAUGAAACUCACUUCUCAGAUCACCGAAAUGGUUUCAGCAAAGAUCACACAAGACAGCUUACAGAAUCACGACGUGCUCCAGUGGAUGAAAUCUUGGCCCAAAUCUGCCACUUCUCUACGAGUACCAGGUGUGGACAGUGAUGAUGAGACCAAAACACCUUCUCCAUCUCCCCAUCAUGGUCGAUCUCGACCACCUUCCCUCAUGGCAGAUUCGUCCUCAGAGUCAGAUGAUGGAGAUGCCAGAGGAGAGAUGUUUGACAUUUAUGUGGCAUCUGCGGACUACAAUCCCACUAUUGCAAGCAAAGACUCCAUCUCUCUUAAAGAGGGACAGUAUGUGGAGGUCUUGGACUCAGCUCAUCCUCUUAAAUGGUUGGUCCGGACCAAACCCACCAAAACAACACCUUCACGACAAGGCUGGGUGUCACCGGCCUACUUGGACAAAAAACUUAAACUCUCAGCGGAUGCAGGGGAUCUUCCAGAAACAAGUGUAGAAGAGGUUUCCGAAGGAGAAUACAAGCGGAAGUUAUUCCAGCUGAUGCAGGACCUGAUAAAUGGAGAAUCCGAGUUUGUCAAGGAGGUGGAAUUCUUCACUUCUCACCACAUGAAGCACUCUGACAGCCCAGAUGCUCCACCUGAUGUCUGCAGCCAGAAAGAAGCCAUCUUCAGGAACGUUGAUGACAUCAAGUCCUUCCACAGCAAGACAUUCCUUCCAAAGUUGCAUGACUGUGACACAGAUGAUGAUGUGGCAAUGUGCUUCCUGAAAAACAAGGAAGGAUUUGAACAUUACCUCCAGUAUCUUGUAGGACAGAGCCAAGCUGAAUCUGCUGUCAGUGACAAAAAUAUCCAUCGUUUCUUUAAGGAGUACUCUGAGAAAGAGCAGGCGACUGCAGGCCCUGGGGAUCCUCCAGUUCGAAGCAUAAAUGCUUACCUGCAGCAACCCCUGGAGAGGAUUCAGAAGUACAAGGCCUUCCUUAAGGAUCUCAUCCGAAACAAGGCAAGAAACGGCCAGAACUGCUGCCUCCUGGAAGAGGCGUACGCCAUGGUGUCUGCACUCCCUCAGCGUUCAGAGAACACCCACCAUGUCUCCCUGAUCGAGAACUAUCCUGCUACCCUGGAAGUUCUUGGAGAACCAAUCAGACAGGGACCUUUCCAAGUGUGGGAGGGAGCUCCUGGAGUUAGAACAUCCUCUAGAGGUCACCACCGCCAUGUCUUCCUCUUUAGGAAUUACUGUAUCAUUUGCAAACCCAAAAGAGACAGCAACACUGAAACACAAGCAUAUGUUUUUAAGAACAUGAUGAAGCUAAAUAACAUCGAUGUGAACGAAACGGUGGAAGGUGAUGAUCGGGCCUUUGAGAUAUGGCAUGAACGGGAGGACUCUGUGAGAAAAUACACUUUACAGGCCCGAACGGUCAUUAUCAAGAACUCCUGGCUGCGAGACCUCAGGGAGCUGCAGCAGCGCUACAGCAUGCCUGCAUGGAGUUCCCCUGAUUUUGUAGAAAUUUUGGCAAACUGCACAGCAGAGUUGGGUCAAACAAUCAAACUUGCCUGCAAAGUUACUGGGGUGCCUAAACCUGUUGUUAUCUGGUACAAAGAUGGACGAACAGUAGAGGCAGAUCCUCAUCACAUCAUCAUUGAGGACCCUGAUGGCUCCUGCACACUCAUCCUGGAUAACAUGACUGCAGAUGAUUCCGGCCAGUACAUGUGCUUUGCAUCAAGCCCAGCAGGAAAUGCAACUACACUUGGAAAAAUCACUGUUCAAGUGCCUCCUCGUUUUGUAAAUAAAAUGAGAAAUGCUGUCUUCGUUGCUGGUGAAGAUGCUCAGUUCACUUGUGUGAUACAAAGCGCCCCCAGCCCAAAAAUAAGGUGGUUCAAAGAUGGCCGACUAUUGACUGACCAGGAGAAGUAUCAGACCUACAGCGAGGUCCGUAGUGGGGUUCUGGUUCUGGUUGUAAAAAACCUGACUGAGAGAGACCUUGGACACUACGAGUGCGAGGUGUCAAACCGCCUGGGCAGUGCCAAAUGUGCUGCAGAUUUAGUUUUUCCUUCCGCUGUGGUCCGCAGUGGGGAGCAGGCCAUCACCACUGAAGUUACCGAACAGGAGACUAAACUACCAAAGAAGACCAUUAUAAUUGAGGAGACCAUUACCACUGUUGUGAAGAACCCACGCAUGAGGAGACACAGAUCUCCAGGCUUGACUGUUCCUGGAGCCCACCGCUCUGAGACCUCCACCCCUGAGCCACCUGCAACCAGGCCAAGAAGGAUGCCCACCCCGAGAAAGACCACCAUCCCAACCCUCUAUGUUACUGAGUCUGAGGGGACUGGAGCCAGGGCAGCAGAGAGCAGGCCCAGGUGGGUUGAGGUGGAGGAGGUCAUCGAGUAUAAGGUCAAUAAGUCUCCCAGACUGCCCAGGAGAAGAGGAAUUUCACCUGCAGGCUCUGAUCGUGCAGCCACCCCCUCCAGACCUAAGAGGUCUCCCCUAGACAACUUCAAUGCCAACAACUCAAAUAACAAGCUGGUGGAGCAGGCGCAGAAACAUCUGAACGGAGACAUCAGCAGCCAGAGCGUCUCCUGGGAGGAAGACGAGCCUCAGAUCGCUUCGGGCUCUGCUUCGAGAGAACCACAUGAACUUUCAUCUGUCCUAACACUUGCUGAAGAUGCUGAUGACCAGGAUGAUCAACAAACUGUUAUCUUUGAACCUGAAGAUGAGGAUACUGAGGAGCCUGAACCAGUAGUUCUGAAACAAGGAGAUCGUAUUUUGAACCUGGAAGACUUGGAGGAUUACAUCCCAGGAGAAGGCGAAACCUACGGCUCCUCCAGCUCCUCUCACAUCUCUGAUGAGAAACCCUGUGAGAUUUCUGUCCUUCAGAGGGAGAUCGGGGGGUCCCAAGUGGGACAGCCAGUGUUUCUCAAUGUGGGGCGGCCUGAUAUUGUUCCAAGGCAAAGAAGUGGCUUCUUUGGCCGCUUCAGGGAGCAUAUCUCCAACAAUCUUUUCCCCUCUACCUCUCCGCAAGAAAGCGGAGCUCGACCCCGAACUGAGAGACAAGUCCCAAUCCAAGUGAGCCAUGCAAAGCUAGAGGUGAAGCCCUCCUACUGCUCCGAGGUGCAGAGAGUAGAGGGCGGGCAGCAGAGCUUUAAAACAAAAGUGUCCACUCAAACCUACGGCUACACAUCAGUUGGAAAUCCUGUCACUCUUCAAAUUAAAGAGAAGCCCUUUCAAAGCCAGUAAACAUCUUCUAAUUGGUGACACAAAUCCUUAGUCUUAAAUGGAUAAUUUGUGCUUGCAUGGUUAAAAUAAUCUAACAAAAUAAUAUCUACUACAUUUAAAAAACCAUUCCGUUUUGAAGCAGCCAGUCAGAAAAUAGUCUGAUCCUCAGUUGUUUUUGCGGGAUUCAGAGUUUUCUUUAGGCAAGGGAAUGUGGAAACUGCAAAUUGUAGGGAUACAUAUGUCUCUAUAGACAAGUUUCAGUCUCAUUCUGUAAUUUUAACUGCUGCAUGACAUGCAGCAUAAAUUAAGUGGACAGAUGACAAGGAAAUAUAAAGUAACAUUUUACUGUUAAUGAGUUGGAAGUUUGUUUUCAUAGACGUGCCAUCAUAAAAUCAUCAUAUCGGCAAUAGUAACUCAUCCAAGCAGUGACAUUUUGAACACCUCUGACUUUAUUUCUGGAUUGUCAUUAAAUGCAUAUUAGUAUCAUAUCAUCAAGGUUUUUUUUUUGUACUUUUCAGAAGCGUUUUUGUUUCACAGUGUCUAUGAGCUUUGAAACUGAAAAUACUUACAAUGAACAGUGAAGACUGACUUUCUGCACUGCUUGCUGUUGUUUAGGUUUAAUCACUGGUGUGCAAUUAAAUCAUAGACAAACUUUGGUGUAGAUGUAUGAAUGAUUCCUUGGUGAACUUUAGAUUGCUUAGCUUUUUUUCAGGUACCAUCAACUAAGGCUUAGUAGUUGAUAACUGAAACAUACGUCCAUAUUCUAUCAUUUACUUUUCUUUUUUUUUUUUUUUUUUUUUACAAAGCUUCUUUGACAAAUUUGGGCCUUUUGAUGUUUGGCAGUUGCCUGCAAAUUCAAGGUUCAACAAGGGCAUCCUUUUGUGUGUCCGUGACAUAUUUAUGAGUGACUGCAUGUAUUUGCUUUGUAAACCAAACGUGUUAAGCAGAACCGUCUUGUAUUUACACUAUGUGAAAAUGUUGAUAGACCUGAAAUUCCAGGACAUCACUUUCUUGGAAGACGUUGCUGUGCUUGUUUCUAUAUUAAGGUGUCAUCGAUUGGGUAUGGACUAUGUAUGUUAUGAUAUUUUAGGUCUAACAGAUUGUAAUUGCUUGCAAUGUUCAUGUGGAGUUGUGGACAAUAAUGAGGUUGAGCACAAAGUAAAUAAAUGUACAGAAAAUA